UUUCCAAAUAGCACGUACGCAUGCAUGCGUCCAUGCCAUCUCCUUCAUCUGCUCGAUCGAUCACUCUCAGAUAGAUUGAUUGAUUUUACUAUCUCGAUCGAGUUGGUCGCCAAUUCGCCAUGGCCAGCAGCCUCAUCAACCUCCUCCUCACGGAGGUGGCGGCCAUCGUCAGCAUCGUCCUCCUCGCCCUCCUCGUCGUGCUCAGCUCCUACCGCCGCCGCUCCGGCCACCCGGCGCUCCGCCUCUUCGUCUGGGCGGCCUCCACGCUCUUCCUCCCGCUCGUCUCCUACGCCGUCUCCGCCGCCGCCAAGUGGGACGCCGCGCGCGUCCCGCUCCUCCUCGCCUGGACCGUCUUCCUCCAGAUGCUGCGCAACACCAUCGACACCGCCCGCUCGUCCUCGUCCACGAUCGGCAACGGCAGCGGCAGCAGCAAGUUCAGGCCCUCCGUCGAGCAGCUGGCGAGGAUGGGCUGGGUGGCGUUCCUCAUUGUCAGCAGCGACGGCACCGCCGGGAGCCCACAGCUCACCGGGGUGCUCCUGUGGCUGUGGGUGCUCAGCCUCGCCAAGCUCGUCCACCGCCUCGUUGCCGCCGAGCUCGCCAAGAACUCGUUCGCCGUCGGCCUUAACGCCUACCUCAUCUCCGACUACAUGAAGCAGCUGUACGGGCAAGACCAAGGAGACCACGACGUGCAAGCUCCUCCGUUGUUGGUGAUGGGCGAGGAGAAGCUGCAAAUCGAGGCGAGGCCACAGGGGUACCGCAUUGGCCGGACAUCGCCGCCGCCAUUGUGCGUCGACGCCGGGCAUGUGGUCACCAUGGACCGGAUAUGCCGGCUGUUCUCCUCCGGCGAUCCACUCGUCGCUUCUAACCCGCAGAUCAAGGACACAUGCCUCUCGUUCGCCCUGUUCAAGCUGCAGCUCCGGCGGUUCGUCGGGUGCCCCAUCGCCGAGGCGGGCUCUCGCCGUUCGGUGGCGUUCGUGCUCGACGGCCUCCUCGGCGAGAGCCACGAGCGGGUGUUCCGGGUGAUCGAGACCGAGCUGUCCUUCCUCGCCGACUUCCUCUACUCCAAGCUCACCGUCUUCUACGCGAGCGGGUGGUGGUUCCCGGUGCUCAACUCGAUGCUCGUGUUCGCCACGUGGGUCAGCUGCCUCGCCGCCGGCGGCGCCAUCGUGCACGACAUGACGUGCCACGGCACGACGCUCGCCAGCAACUACGACAACCUGAGGGAGUACCUGCAGAACCACGACACCGUGUUCCACAUCAUCGUCGGCCUCGACGUGCUCGUCACCGUCUCCUUCAUCGUCGCCAUCGUGUUCACGGAGGGGUGGGAGAUCGCUACCUACGUCCGCUCCGACUGGAUCAAGGUGUCCGCCAUCUGCGAGUACGCGCGCCGGCCGUCAUGGCGCAAGUCGCCAUGGACUCGCCGCAACGUCGGCCGAGUUCUCCCGCUCAAGCCAAUGCAGCGCUGGGACGAUCGGUUCGGGCAGACGUCCAUCCUGCAGCUCCGUCCGUGCUACUGUGGCUGCGUCUCCCGGCAGGUUGACCGGAUCGCCAAGUCGUCGGCCACUGUGCCGGCGGCGGUGAAGACGGCCGUCGUGGACACGCUAAGGACGAACCAAGGAAACCUGGGAAACGGCGUGCUCUCGUUGCAGCGGAACGGCGUCGCCGACAAGCUCGCCUGGGCGUGCCACCACGCCGGCGACGAGAGAAGCGUCUCCGAGCAGAUCCUGGUAUGGCAUGUGGCGACCAGGCUUCUCGAGAUCAUGCGAUCAGAAGGCGCUCACGGGAGACACGACGACGGAGACGGCGACGGCGGCGGAGACAGCGACACGGUGGUCGUCGCGACACGGCUGUCGCGGUACUGCGCCUACCUGGUGGCGCUGAAGCCGGAGCUCCUGCCGGACCACCCGGCCUGGACGGAGGAGCUGUACGAGGGCGUGGUGGAGGAGGUGUCGAGGGUGCUCGCGCGGUUCGCAGGGGCGGUGGUGCGGUACGAGCGCGCGGCGACGUGCCUCGGCGGGAGCACGAACGCGACGCUGAGGAAGGCGGCCAAGCUCGGGCGGCAGCUGGCGGAGGAGCUCGGCGGCGACGAGGAGUUGCCCUGGAGGGUGCUUGCCGAUUUCUGGGCGGAGCUCGUCGUCUACCUCGCGCCGUCGGAGAACGUCACGGCGCAUUCCAAGGCGCUCCGCCGUGGCGGCGAGUUCAUCACCGUGCUGUGGGCGUUGCUCGGCCACGCCGGCAUUGUUAGCCGGCCGGACACUGACGUCUGACUGACAGUGUGAGUGUGGUUUAUGGCGAACACAUGGUUUUCUUUCCGCUUUUGUCAUUGUGUAUACCAAACUGUCGACAUGAGAUGUGUUUGCCAAACUGUCGACAAUUUAUUUCUGAUUUGCAAUAGUAAAACA